CACUUCUCGCCUCACUUGAAGCUCAGCGUCCGAGGGAGGCGCACGCACGCCUGGAGAGCGCGCCUCGGGCCAUGGACAGCUCCUGGGAAGAGCGCGGGAACACCACGGUCCCCUCAGGCGGCGGGAGCGAGAGCCCCGUCCCCAGCCCGGCUGCGUCGUGGGCGCCCACGGCCGGCUUCGCGCCCCGAGAAGACAGCGGCUCUCCGUCUUUCUGGAACACCCCGUUGAACCAGGCUCUGAGCGUCUUCGUGGCUCUAGCUCUGUUUGUGGCCAUGCUGGGCUUGGGCUGCACGGUGGAGCUGAGCCAGCUGGGCGCGCAGCUGAGGCGGCCCCUGGGCUUGCUGCUGGCGCUGCUGUGCCAGUUCGGGAUCAUGCCCUUCGUGGCUUUCCUGAUGGCGCUCGUCUUCGCCCUCGACGAGGUGGCCGCCGUCACCGUCCUGCUGUGCGGGUGCUGCCCCGGGGGGAACCUCUCCAACAUCAUGUCGCUGCUGGUCAAAGGGGACAUGAACCUCAGUAUAAUCAUGACCACAUCAUCUACGUUGCUUGCUCUGGUCUUGAUGCCUCUUUGCCUGUGGAUCUACAGCCGAGCCUGGAUCAACACCCCGUUUGUGCGCCUGUUGCCCCUGGGCGCUGUCACCAUGACCUUAUGCAGCACCCUGCUCCCCAUCGGCAUUGGGGUCUUCAUCCGAUACAGAUUCACCAGGGUGGCAGACAUUCUGCUGAAGGUUUCAUUGUGGUCCCUCCUGGUAUCCCUGGUGAUCCUUUUCAUUCUAACCGGUACCAUGUUGGGACCUGAUCUGCUGGCUACUAUCCCCGCUACUGUCUAUGUAGUAGCUGUGCUGAUGCCCUUGGCUGGCUAUGGCUGUGGUUAUGGCAUAGCAACCUUAUUUCACUUGCCACCUCACUGCAAGAGGACAGUGUCACUGGAGACCGGCUGCCAAAAUGUACAGCUCUGCACCGCUAUACUCAAACUAACCUUCCCUCCAGAGCUUAUUGGGAGCAUGUACAUGUUCCCCUUGCUCUACGCUCUCUUCCAGGCGGCUGAAGCUGGUCUGUUUGUAUUGGCCUAUAAGGUGUACGGCAAGGAUUCCUACAAACAAGAGCCUCUAGUAGGGGAGGAAGAAGAAGAUACGAACAUUUCGUACAAAAAACUGAAGGAAGAGGAAAUGCCAGAUACUUCCUAUGGCACUGUGACUGCCGAGGGCCAUGCCUCAGUGCUCAUGGAACCGAUGCAGACUGCCCUCUAGAGGAAGGGAGGACCUGAACUGGAAAUCCUGUUGUGGGAUAAUGUAGCAAACUGUUCAGUCAAAGUGCGAGGCAGGGAGAAGAUGAUGGCACAAAGCAGUUGCUGUAAUCUUGAUUCCCUCAGCAUAUAUGGUUUGUAAAAAUGCCAGUAUUUUUCUCCAUGAAUAGCAAGUCACCUGUGACCACCUCCUCAGCUACCACAAGUAAUUAAUAUGAGCCAUCACAAUAAAUUAUACUGAAAUGCAAGCAGGCAGGAAGAGAGGGGUUUUAUAAGGUAAUUUUAAAGACUAGUAUGAGAGGGAGGGAAGAGAAGAACAGGGGGAUUAAUGCUGAUAGUAUUUGUUUUUGUGUAACUGAAUGUCACCAACAUUUGCUGUUUUAAAGCUUUGUAUCUGUUUUACAUUAUUCAGCUUCUGUGUAUGUGGAAAGGUUGAACUCAUGUUGUAUAUUUACCACUGAUUAAAUUUCUUCUGAAGAUACCAAGCCAUUAAGAGGA